AUGGAUGCUCCGGUCGCAUUGAGCGCGACACCUUAUGGCAUUCCCGAAGGCCGUCACAUGAUACCUGGAAAGACUUACGUUGGCAUACUUCCAGGGCAUACACGACCAGCGUUUGUUCGAAAAAAACCCGUGGACGCCGGCCGGCCUCCUUUAUUUCUUACGCAGAUUCUCGGCUCCUCUCGACGCGCGUACUCUGUCGAGACGCCACGUAAGCCAAGCAUGUUUUCUCGCUCUCGAAGUGAUGUGUACUACGACUAUGCUACCGCCAGAUAUCGACCUAAAAUAUACGUCGACCAGUCCCCUGGCCGAACCAUCACAAGCAUACAACAAACAUGCGCCUCAUGCGGCAAAUUCCGCUCUGCAAGAUGGCAGUCCCGCCAUCCUUUGAUAUCUGGCCCGGCACCCAGACCAGGUCUUUGCGGAAGAUGUCGUGACAAGCACACUUCGAGCGAGGAAGAAAGGCCCAGGCAUCGCCGGAGGCGCCACCAGCAGCGGCGCCGAGAUUACACAGAGUCAACAGACGACAGUUAUAACACCAGUAGGGAGCUGAGGCGAGCGACGCGAAGACAUUGUCCGUAUACUAGAGACUAUAGGAGCCGAAGCCUGGCAAGGUCGCCAUCCAGGGAGAAUGUGCGCAUCGUAAUCGCAAACCAAGCUGGAGAUCAGAUACGACCAAAAAGAGAAAUAACGCGAAGCUCUUCUAUGGAACCCGUUCGAAUCAUUCGCCGUACAGAGGUCGUCGACCUGCCUGAAAAAUCGCCACGCACUCGGUCCGUACUGAGGAGCUCUAGCCGCGCGGAGUACAUGGACAGCGCAAUCCAGUAUAGCAGCGAUUUGGAUCCACCACGGUAUCUACCCAGACCCCGCACAGUGAGCCGGGUGCCUUACAUCGAAGAUGUAGAGCAGCCUCGAUACCUUUCUAGGCCUAGGAGCUUGAGUCACAUGAGUUAUGUCGAAGAAAUGGGAAGGCCUAACUAUCGUUCCAGACCAAGAAGUGUGAGCCGGGUGAGUUAUAUCGAAGACUCGGACGGUCCACGAUUGCGUCGCCGAGUAAGAAGCUCGAGUCAAGUCCGAUUUAUCGAUGAGACAGAUGAAGCCGUGCCUCUUUCCACGCCGAGAAGCCUAAAACGGCGACGAGUAGGAUAUUAUGAUGGCCCAGCAGAUGCCGAGAAAUCAGAGCAACAAGCUUACUCUCGUGCGCCAUCCGACCAUCGCUCACCGCAAGGAGCAGCCAAUGGUGACGGCGGCCCCGUGCUUAUUGAGGAGACCAUCACACCGCACUCUCGGGCGUCGCGAAAGGCCAUAGAACACGAUCGGGGCGUUGAGCUUAUCGAAGAGCAGUUCAGACCGCAUCGUCGCCUAAGCUCGCAAUCUCAGGAAGGCUUUGAGCCAAUUCCAGGAACGGUCUCCGAUCACAACUACAGACGGCAGUCGGAGACAAGGUCCCAGGCAUACGAGUCUGACCAUGAUGCAACACCGCGUCCAGCCUUUCGUCAUGCGCAAGUGUCGCAAAGCCCUGACGAUGUUGAGGAUCCAUCCAGGCAUCACGGCUCAUACAUUGAUUUCGAAGGGGCAAGAUCCUACAGAAGUUUCUAUUCACCAGCGCUCAAGUCGAGAGAGCCAAGUCGACAGCCCAUGUUCACUGGACCCGAGACACCUUACAGAGAAAGACGUGAGCGCGUUCGCGAGUCAGACGAAUCCUCCGGUCCAGACGAUGACGACUACCCUCGGCCAUCCCCAAUGAGCUAUCGCCAUGUUGAAGCCCCUGAGCCCCCAGCUCCCCGUUCAGACCUUCUCGUCGAGAUGCUCCAAAAUGCAUCCAUCACACCACCAAGUGCACAAGACGCAAGAGGCCGGCUCUCUCAACGCGGAUUUUACAGCGGAUGGGAUACCCUUGGCCAUUUCUAUCCUCGGCGGUCCUAUCCCAGCGAAGACAGCGAGGAUGGGCAUACAAGGUCUAACGAGUGGCGUAUGACUGGAGAAACGCUACACGGUGGCCCAUCGCUGCACGAGCCAAAUUUGAAGAGCGAUGCUGAAUAUGAUUGGAUGACUUAG